AAACAUAUGAAAGUCACAGGCGAGAGGACGGGGAAGGAGAGGAAACGAGAGGAGAGAGAGAGAAAGAUAAAGCACAAAUUGUCUAGCCAUUGUUUUGAAGUUUUCGCGGUCAUGCCCUCAAAUUUCACAUCCUUCUUUUUCACUCUCUACAAUUUUUCCCCCAUUUAUCAUCAAUUUCCUCAAUCUCUCUCCUUUUUUCUCUCUCCUUUCUCUUCAGCUGCUUCUUCAUUGUUCUUCAAUUUGUGAAAUUAAUCAUUCUACCUAAGCUGCGAUUCGAUCGGUUAGCUGAACGCUUUAGUAUGGCUCCUACGAGAAAGUCAAGGAGUGUCAACAAGCGGUUUACCUAUCCUAAUGAGGGCUCCCCUACCAAAGAUGGAGAUAGUGCUAAUAAAAGUAACAAGCGGAAGAGGAAAGUAUCUGAUAUGUUAGGGCCUCAGUGGAGCAAAGAAGAGCUUCAACGUUUCUAUGAGGCAUAUCGCAAGUAUGGGAAAGAUUGGAAGAAGGUGGCUGUAGCUGUACGUAACCGAUCAGUGGAAAUGGUGGAGGCCCUUUAUACUAUGAAUAGGGCUUACUUAUCUCUUCCAGAAGGAACGGCCUCUGUUGUUGGAUUAAUAGCGAUGAUGACUGAUCAUUAUUCUGUCCUGAUUGUUAUGGCCUGUCAGGAGGGAACUGAUAGUGAACAAGAGAGCAACGACGGCGUUGGAGUACCCCGAAAACCUCAUAAGCGUACACGUGGAAAAUUACAUCCCAACACGGCUAAGAAUAUUUCCGAUGUGUCACAUUCUCAGUCGGUUGCUUCAAGUUAUGGCUGCUUGUCACUGCUAAAGAAACGACGCUCUGGUGGAAACCAACCUAGGGCAGUUGGAAAAAGGACGCCACGGAUCCCUGUAAGAUAUACUUAUGAUAAAGAUAGCAUAGGAAGGUAUAUUUCCCCAGUCCGGCAGGGGCUGAAGUCGAAGUUAGAUGCUGAUGCUGAUGAUGAUGAUGUUGCUCAUGAGGUGGCAUUGGCAUUGGCAGAGGCAUCCCACAGGGGUAGUUCUCCUCAGGUUUCUCAGACACCAAACAAAAGAAGAGAGGCUGUUGUAAAGUCACCUGUUGGCUUGGGUGAAAGAGUGUGUUCGGAAUCAGAAAUGACAAGUGCCAACAACAUUGGAAAUGAUAUGGAUGAUGGGUGUGAAGGAAGUUUGGGAAGCACAGAAGGCGAAAAUAAUUUUUCUCUGGAGAAUCUCCAGCCCAGUGGUAGGAAAGGUGUUGGUACAUUUGUUCAACAGAAAGCAAAGAAGUCUUAUGGAAAGAAGGUGGAAGUUGAAGAUACUGGACACCAUUAUGGAGAUGAUGAAAAGGAAGCUUGCAGUGGUACAGAAGGAGGACAAAAGUUCAGCAGUUUUGAAACAAAACAGACAAGAGAUGUGACCUUCACUCACUCAUCAGGUCAAGCCUUUAAAAAAAGGAGCAAAAAGGUCCUCUUUGGUGGAGAUGAAGGUGUUGCCUUGGAUGCCCUGCAAGCUUUAGCUGAUUUGUCGCUGAUGAUGCCAUCUUCCACAGCAGAGGCAGAGCCAAUUGUGCCACUUAAGGAAGAAAAAGAAAGUGAUAUAGACAAGUUCAGGCAACAGGACACCAUAUCUACAAGUCAGAGGGUGAAACCAAAAGCUUCACCGUCUAAGAAGAAGGGAGAUCAAUCAGUUCUCAACACUCAAGUUUCUGUGUCCAGAAAAUCCAAACCAGGAAAACCCUCUGCCCCUAAUUCUAGUCCUGUAGCUGAUACAAAAGACUCAGGCAUGCGGAAAAGGAAACCGAAGUCAUCUGUGUCUAAGAAUGCAAGUGCAGAGGCUCAAAUGGAUUCACAUGCUAAUGCUGUUCAGGAAAAGGAGUAUUCAGAUAAGGGCAUGAAGUCGGUUAAUAAAAGUCGACAUUUUCCAACUAAUGCUUUCCAGCAGCAGCUUGGGCAAUUGGUCAGGAUUUCAGAACAUUCUUCUUCAAGUACUGAUAUUAGAAGAGAUGGAGAUGAUUCAGCAGUGUCAUCUGUACAGGCUCCUGAAACUAUCAAGAUCAACUCGCUAACCAAAUAUAGGAGUAGGCGUAAAGUGGACAAAUCUCAGAUUCAAAGGUCGGACGUUUUUGUUAAUGAAAAAUCUAACGCAUCUGGGCAGCUAUACCAUGAUAAAACAGUUUACCUCAAGGAAAGGCUUUGUAGUUGCUUGUCAAAUUACCGUGUCCGAAGAUGGUGUGUGUCUGAGUGGUUUUACAGUGCCAUUGACUAUCCUUGGUUUGCUAAAAGUGAGUUUGUGGAAUAUUUGUAUCAUGUGGGUUUGGGCCACGUCCCAAGACUGACUCGUGUUGAAUGGGGUGUCAUUCGAAGUUCACUGGGAAAACCACGAAGAUUUUCUGAGCAAUUUUUGAAGGAAGAAAAGGAGAAACUUAAUUACUACCGUGAGUCAGUUAGGAGCCACUAUACUGAAUUGCGCAUGGGAAGAAGAGAAGGGCUUCCAACUGAUUUAGCUCGUCCCUUAACAGUGGGUCAACGUGUUAUUGCUAUUCAUCCUCGGUCAAGAGAGAUUCAUGAUGGAAGUGUACUGACCGUUGAUCAUAAUAGAUGCCGGGUUCAGUUUGACAGACCUGAACUAGGAGUUGAAUUUGUUGAGGAUAUUGAUUGCAUGCCGCUGAAUCCGUCGGAAAAUAUGCCUACAUCUCUUACAAGACACAACAUUGCUGUUGAUAAGUUCCAUGAGGCUUUAAAGCAGUUCAAAGCAAGUGAGAGAUCCGACGAUAGGGUGAAGGAAGAAAUCAUAAAAUUUACCCCAAGCCAGAAAGUAGAAAAUGCGGACGGCCCUUCAAAUGUUGCUCCUGUAUUUAUAAUGAGUAAUCUAUCAAAGCAGACCAAGGAGGGUUUUGUAAGUCCAAGUUCGCAUGAAAAGGUUGGUCAUGGUGAAACCAUCAGCCCCCGACAAGCACUGAUUUCUCAGCAGUCUGCGCUAUCUCAGUUUCAAUCAAAAGAGGCAGAUAUCCGUGCUUUGGCAGAGCUGACCCGCGCUCUUGAUAAAAAGAAUUCCUUGGUAACUGAACUAAAACGCAUGAAUGAUGAUGUUUCUGAAGACAACUCUCUCAAAGAUGUAGAUUCUUUCAAGAAGCAAUAUGCAGCCGUGCUGGUGCAAUUAAAUGAAGUGUUGGAUCAGGUCUCCUCAGCAUUAAUGUGCUUGAGACAGCGAAAUACUUACCAAGGGAACUCUCUUGUUCCUUGGCAGACGAGUAAGACGAGCUUGGAAGAUCAUAGCAGCAUUGUUAGCUCAUUAAAUUGCUUGCCAUGCGAUUCUCAAAGGACAGUUUCGCAUGUAUGCGAAAUCAUCGAUACUUCUAGAAUAAAAGCCCGAAAUAUGGUGGAUGCAGCACUUAAGGCUGUUUCAUCACUAAGGUUAGCAGCAGAGUCCGUUCAAAAGAUAGAAGAAGCAGUGGACUUUGUAAAUAAUCGGCUUGUGGUUGACUAUUCUAGCAUGCCAAUGCAGACCAAUCAAAUUAAUGGAAGUUUAACUCAUCAUGAUCAGCCAAGUCCAUGCACUUUAAACAUGGUGGCUUCAGAUCAAGCACUUAAUUCCAGGUCAAAUGGAGCAUCUACUCCAUGUGAGCCACAAGUUCCAUCAGAGCUCAUUGCACAUUGUGUUGCCACACUGCUGAUGAUUCAAAAAUGUACUGAGCGUCAGUUCCCACCAGCGGAGGUUGCCCAAAUAUUAGACCUUGCAGUCACAAGUUUACAGCCAUGUUGUUCACAGAACAUCCCAAUAUACACAGAAAUACAGAAAUGUAUGGGGAUCAUUCGGAGCCAAAUAUUGGCUCUUGUACCUACUUAGUAUUCUGCUUCAAGACCUGUAUCCAGUGUAAAUUUAGAAGCUGUAGAUGAAAAUUCAUAAAUCUCAGGGGUACCCGCCCUAGCCCCUUCGAGUUUCACACUGUAUCGUAAUUAUACAUUGUAUAUGUAUCGGAAAUUAAUAUUUGAUUCCUUAUAUAUUGAUGUGCAAUUAGCACUUCUACGCUCA